AUGACAUUCUUUUGUGGUAUUGGAAAAAGUAUAAAAUUCUAUACUAAGGGCUUUUUUGCCUUGACGCUUUUGUUACUCAGUGCCACGUAUGGUGUUUUAUGUUCUCUCGUUAUGUCAUUGGUUGGGCAAAGGCAGUAUGCCCAAUACAGUGUUGCAAGAGUGUAUUAUGCGCUUCUCAGUUUCUUCAUGGGUCUCAAAAUUGAGGUGGACAGACCAGAAUUGUUAACAAAGUUACCUGCUCUGUUGAUUUCAAAUCAUCAAUCGGAAAUGGAUAUCUACAUUUUGGGCAGAGUAUUCCCUCCAAAGUGUGUUAUUACGGCGAAGAAUUCAUUGAAAUAUGUUCCAUUCCUUGGAUGGUUCAUGUAUUUGUCGGGUACAUUCUUUUUAGUGAGGCAUAACAAGAAGAAGGAUGUUUCAACUUUGAAUCGUGCACUUGCCCAGCUCAAGCAGAGAAAAGGUGGUCUUUACAUGUUUCCUGAAGGAACUAGAUCGUAUGCUACAAGGCCCACAUUACUGCCAUUUAAGAAGGGUGCAUUUCACUUGGCCAUUCAGGGCCAGAUCCCUAUCAUUCCAAUCGUGGUCUCUAACACGUCCAAUAUCUACUCUAUGAAGUUAAAAAACUUUAAUCGUGGAACCGUUAAAAUCAAGAUUCUCGACCCUAUCCCUACAGUUGGAUUAACAAAGGACGAUGUUCCAAAACUUUGCCUUGACACGGAAAAGAAGAUGAGAGAGGCAAUCACAGAUUUAGGAAUGAGUGUUCUUUCCGGUGGUGAAAGAAAGAAAGUUAAUGACCACGAAAAUAUUGAUGAAACGACAACACUUCUCGACCAUUAG